AUGCCGCCAGUUCAACAAUAUCAAUAUGUUGGUCAUCAACCUUCCAACUGGGAUAAAUUUAAGAUGGGAGCUUUAAUGGGUUCGACAGUUGGGGUAUGUGUUGGCGUAUUAUUUGGUGGAUUUUCAAUAUUACAAAAUGGUGCAGGACCAAAUGGUGUAAUGAGAACUUUAGGUCAAUAUAUUAUGGGAUCAGUCGGUACAUUUGGAUUAUUUAUGUCUAUUGGUUCAGUUAUAAGAUCAGACUCUGAAUUCCAGGCGAUUCAAAGAUCAAUGAUUGCAUCACAAAGAGCAAAAUUAACUGCUAUUUAUAGAGAAUAA